AUGCGGGGCGCGCGUGGCGUCGGAGUGGCCGCGGCGCGUCAUCUCCUCGCCGCGGUGGUGCUGUGGGCCGCGUUUUCCUCCGCCGCGUCGUUCACUGAUCCCUCCGACGCGAUCGGGAUCUGGGCACUAUAUCGCGCACUGGAGUCACCAUGGCAGCUUUCUGGGUGGACAUCCAUGGGUGGUGACCCCUGCGGUGGGGACGGGGAACGUGGAUCGUGGCAUGGGGUCUUUUGCAAGGACUCGUGUGUCGUGGCUAUAAAUAUUAGUGGGCUUGGGGUUGGUGGCUGGCUUGGCCCAGAGCUGCUCAAACUCCACUCUUUAAAAGAGCUGGAUGUGAGCUUCAACAACAUCGCUGGUGAAAUCCCACCCACUUUGCCUCCAAAUGUGGAAUACCUAAAUUUGGCAGCUAACAAGUUUGAGGGAAAUAUACCACCAUCACUACCAUAUUUGCACUCCCUGAAAUAUCUGAAUCUCAGCUAUAAUAAGCUCUCUGGAAUAGUUGGUGAUGUUUUUGUUAACAUGGAAAGCUUAGUUACAAUGGACUUGUCAUUCAACUCUUUCGAUGGUGACCUGCCACGAUCAUUUAGUUCAUUGAACAACCUUCACUAUCUUUAUUUACAGCAUAAUGAGUUUACCGGAUCUGUGAUUUUGUUAGCAGACCUUCCAUUGGUAGCACUCAACAUUGAGAAUAAUCACUUCAGCGGUUAUGUGCCUGGAACUUUUGAGUUCAUUUCUGAGUUGAGGAUUGAUGGGAACCAUUUUCAACCAGGUUUCAAACCUUCAUCGUCCUCAUUUUCUAGGACCAUUCAUUCACCUCCACCCCCACAUCAUCCUCGACCUCCAUCUCCACCUCCACCUCCACCUUCACCAGCAGUCAAGCAGAACUCAAAACGCGGGCCAAAACCUCUGCAACCUUUUGUGAGCUAUGCUUCUCUGCACAGUCCUAGCCACCAUAGGAAGUCACACUCUCGAGUGACAGCUGCUGCAAUAGCUAGCGUUGUUUGCACAAUGUUUGCACUCUUCAUUGUUGGAUUGGUUCUGAAAAGCCGGAAAGGUGGUACAUGUGGCCCAAAGAGCACCGCUGACAAUAUCAAGUCUUUACCAGCCAAUUUGGAAGGAGUCCCUAAAGCAAAUGAGGUCCUGAACUCUUGGAGUUCUCUUAUGAAUGGCCAUGAUACUUCCUCUAGCAAUAAUGAUAGCAUUAUACCUGGAAGAGUUCCCAAAAGGAAAAGUUGUGCUAAGACAUCUAAAAAUCUUGCACCUGCAAAACAGUUUCUGGCAGUUGACAUUAUGGCGGCUACCCGGAACUUCAAUGAAGAAUGCCUUAUCGGUGAAGGUUUCACUGGCCGAGUUUACAGAGGUGAUUUUCCUGAUGGCCAGCUGCUGGCUAUCAAGAAGAUCAACAUGAUAGAUUUAUCAUUGUCAGAACAAGAUGAGCUCAUGGACAUUCUCGGGAAUAUGUCCAGAUUAAAGCACCCUAAUAUAUCUUCGCUUGUGGGCUACUGUGUGGAGUUUGGGCAUUGUGUGCUUUUAUAUGAGUAUGCAGAAAAUGGUUCUCUUGAAGAUCUUCUGUUUUCAGCAGCCACAAGGUCGAGGGCUUUGUCAUGGAAAGCUCGGAUGAAGAUUGCUCUUGGGGUUACCUAUGCUCUAGAAUACAUACAUUUGAUGUGCUCCCCUCCAUUUGCCCAUGGAAAUAUUAAAGCUACAAAUAUUUUACUUGACGCUCAGCUCAUGCCCUACCUCAGUCACUGUGGGUUAGCGAAGUUCAGCCAUUUUGUCAGCGCCACAAGAAUGGAUUCAGAAGCCCUCAGUGGUGCUAAAGGCUAUGCUGCUCCUGAGGCUAAUGGUUCAGGAACAGAUAUAAUCAAAGCUGAUAUUUACAGUUUUGGCGUGAUAUUGCUUGUGCUUUUGACUGGGCAAAAGGCUUUUGAUAGUUCAAGAGGGCCGAAUGAUCAGUUUCUAGUUGAUUGGGCAUCUCCUCAUCUCCAUGACCUUAAUUCUCUGGGAAGAAUAACGGAUCCAAGAAUACGUGGCUCUAUGCCACCUAAAGCUAUUUCUGCAUUAGGCAACAUCAUCUUGCUUUGCAUCAAGCAGUCACCGGAUUCCCGCCCGCCGAUGAAAGUCAUAACAGACAAAUUAGUAAAGCUUGUCCAGAGCAACACGGUAAAUAAGUUGGAGGCUGAUGCUCAGGACCCCUCUUUCAUAACAACCCGACCAUAUUUUGAGCCAUCCUCCACCGAUGUUGUUAUACUUUGUGUUGUCGAGGUAGCUCCGAGUAUAUGA